CUUCCCCUACUUCUCUCCCCUCAAAAAAACAUUCCAGGAUGACCAGUUCCAUUUUCCAAGGAGACUCUAAGGACAUCCUACCACUUAUGGCUAUUUUGUUUUGGGCGUCCUUAGGACUAUGGCAACAGACAAGUCAAAGGAGGUGCUGCCUGCUGGGGGUGCAACUGGGGUUGACGAUUGGUGCAAAUUGUCAGAAAGAAUACCUGGUGAAGUUCAGAAAAAACAGUAUUUACAUCAGAGUUUGUCUUCGACCGAAGCAUGGUUUCCUGUCAUUCAUUCACUUUGUGACUCUUGGUGCCAGUUCUUCAAUUGUCACAUUAGAGAGGAGGAAAGUAGGAAAUGCAAUGUUCUUACGAAGCUUCUUGGCGCUUGCUGGUGCCGUAGUGAAUGCGAACUUCCGAAAAGGUGUCAGCUUAGCCCAUGUCAAUACGCGCUUGGAGUCGCCAGUUCCUACCAGUUCUCCAGCAAAAAGAAGCUACAGAUGACAUUUCAGAAUUGACAAUUUCAGGAGGAAAUCGUGCUGUUUUCAUAUGGAAUUCAUGCCUUCCAAACAGUCGUCAAGCCGAGGAUAGAUGUUGCCGCCUGUCAUCUAGAGGUACGCCGCGGCGAUCUGAUCCACCAGCUUCUGUUGACGAGGCGGCCAUUGGUGAAUACUUGAUUCUGCGAGAGACAGUGGGAGGUGAUAUAAAAAGUGGAGAUUUUCUCAAGAUCCCCCCCAUCUCUCGCCUAGUUUAGUCCGUGUAAGAUUCCAAGAGCGUCUGGCCCCUCUCUCUCCAUGGCCUAAUCAUUGCCAUUAGUUUAAUCCCAUCGCUGAGGUGCACCCCUCGUUGGCCGCCCUCAUUCUCCUGCUUUCCUGCCAAUGGGAAGUGAAGUGGAUGCGCCCGUCACUCGUGCCUUUGUGAGCUGGGAUCCCGGUCAAUGGCGUGGCGAGGCGGCGGCGAUCGGUGUCGACAGCGGCGGUGCUGGGGGGCACUGCAGGAGGAGGCUGGUGAUGCGGAUGGGGGAAGGGGUGGCGACGGCGGGAUCAGGAGGAGCGGCGAGGUGAUCACCUGAAGGAUUUCCUACAGUGGUAGGCAAGUCUCAUUCUUGGCUGAUGUCUUCACACGAUGGAAGGAAGUGUCCCUUUUUUCUUCGUCUUCUUUUGGGGGGUGGUUUUCUUUGAACUGUCUGACCAGGUGUCCUGUGGUGACUCACGUCGAUUUGUUCAAAUAGAUGCUUGAGCGUGUCUUGUGAUAUGUUGUGUGUCUGGAGUUGUGUUGUGCCCUGGCUGUGUUGUUUGCGUCUGAAGGAUGAAAACACAGAGGCAGAGAGGAAUGAAGAGUUGUGAGAGGGAAACAGAACGCAGAGAUUGGUCAAUAAUUCUCGCAUUUUGUAAUUCGGUUGUUAACGUGUCUGCCAUCCUGUUUGCUUCGAUGAUUAGUGUGGGUUCAUGUUCUGAUCCUGCAAUCACCAUCUCUGAGACACUGCCUCAAAAGGAUUUGAGUCGGGCCUGUUUGGUAUCA